CUGUCCGGCAAUUGAGACGCAUGCACUUGUCAUCCCAGCUGUACCUCCAGUACCCGGCUCUGGGUUGCAGCUUUUCGAUAAAGACUGGGGAAGUUCUAGCCCUUUGCCUGCCUUAGCGGACUGUCCAGCAUGUGACGGUAAUCAUGUCUGGCAAUCUCGGGCGCAGGUUGUAUACCACCUUCUGGGGAACAACGGAAUCACUACUUGGACACAGACUGCAAGCAAGACGCGUCUCAUCCUUACCAGGUACGCCUAAUACAAAAAUACCGGCACUUCGCUUUCUCAACAUUCGGACCGUGAAAGGGUUUAAUUCAUUUUCACAAGAAACAUCCCGUGUUACGAGACGAUCUACUUCCGGGGGCUUUCUUGUACUUGGCGCCUUUUCCAUUCACAAUACAAGGAUAGCGUGCGCCAUUCCUCUAGAGAAUACCAUACCGCAUAAGGUCUCCACAAUUGAUAGAAAUUCUGUGGGCAAGGUCUCAUGGCGCGUGCUGAAACGUGGGUUUCAUACGGGCCAAGAUGACCGGGGAAAGACCGAGCUACGGAAGGAUACUCUAGAUCUUCAUGAUAGGCGCCAUGCCCCGGACCAUCUCACCAAGAAUACUGGGACUGCUGUCCAUAAUAAUAAAGACCAGGGUCCGGACCAGCAGCUGCAUGAGGUGUAUCCAAAGUCCCAAUCAAAUCGCCAUCUAAUAGGUCGAUUGCCGCACAUGCCACAAUUGCACCGGCCCACAAAAGAAGAACUGUUGGCUGCAGCAACUGGAUUCUGGUCACGGCUUAAGGUCCGAUUCAAGUGGUUCUCUAUAAGAAGCGCUAGGCCAUUUAAUCUCGACGAGAUAACCGCUCUUUUUUCCUGGGUGCUUUUGGGACAUGUGGUUUGGGUAGUCUUGGGUACCACCACCUUUUUCUCAUUGCUUAUUAUCGCAAUAAAUACCGUGUUUGCUCAAGAAACCUUGGCUGGCUGGAUAGGCAACUAUCUCACCAAAUCAUCCGGGGUAAAGGUUGUAUUUGAAUCCGCGAUUGUUCCGAAAUGGGGAGAUGGCGUAAUUACCUUCAAGAAUGUCUUUGUCUCGAGGCGGCCAGGACAAGGAACGGGACAUGUAAGUAAGGGCUCGUCGAAAACUGCUGCUGCCGUUGCUGCCGCUGCCGCUCGCGGUGAUCAAUCUACUCCUGAAAUGCCCGACCAGCGGUACCUGUCCGACGAGGAGGACACCAACUACACGCAGUUCGAUGUCUCGAUCGAAACUGUCAAUGUCACAUUAUCAUUCACGAAAUGGAUCAACGGUAAAGGGCUGCUCCGUGAUGUCGAGGUUCGUGGCAUUCGAGGGGUAGUCGACCGCCGAUAUGUUCAUUGGUCGGACGACGAUCUGGAUCCCAAGUCAUAUCGACACGAGCACAACCCCGGGGAUUUUGAGAUCGAUUCUUUCAAGAUGAGCGACGUGCUGGUAACCGUAUACCAGCCAGAUAACUUCAGGCCCUUCCCUGUUAGUAUCUUCUCUUGCGAUUUGCCUCAACUGAGAAAGCAAUGGCUAUUUUAUGACUUCAUGUCUGCCAAUAUGAUGUCGGGAUCAUUUGAUAACUCAUUGUUUACAAUUCAUCCUCGACAAACCCAUAGCUUCACCGGUGCGCAGUUGGAUAAUGGGGCGGAGGACGAUGGUAAACCGAGUCCAUGGAAAAAACAUAACAGGAUCCGCGUCGAUGGUCUAAAUAUUGAUCAUUUGAAUCGCGGAGUUCAAGGCCCAUUUUCCUGGAUCCACGAAGGCACGGUCGACAUUGUUGCCGAUAUCAUGUUCCCAGCGGAGAAUGAUGAAAGUCUUGCGAAGGUUAUGGCCGACUUCUAUGACCGGUUAGAGGCGACGGUCUCGUCCACACGGGAUCUUGACUCAACUCCAUCUAAAGUGUCUAUGUCUGAUGAGGCCGCUUCUGAAGAUGACAGACGAUUCCUAGUUACAGACCUACGCCUCCACUUGAACAAUGCCAGGGCCAUUGUUCCUCUAUUCACGCGUGAUCUUUCAUAUAUCAACAACGCACUUAUCCGGCCCAUUGUCGCCUACAUCAAUUCAAGGCGCACCUUCAUUCCUGUGAAUUGCCGUCUUGUCAAACGAGUCGGAGAUUUCGAUGGCAGCUGGACCACUUUCGAUAGCGGUUUGAUGGACGACCUUUCGGCGGCAGUAUAUGACGCCUUCGCCCGAGAUGUGGUUGAUGAGCAGGCUCGGAAGCGACGUUUCAAGAAAGUCGGCUUCUGGUCACUUCAAUUGGCUGCCCAGGCCAUCUUCAUGGGUAUGGCCGGAAAUAUAGCAUAGCAUUGUAUUUUAACAAACGGUACUCUGGGAGUUCAAGCUGGAUUAUUGGUUUACAGGGAUAAAGGCGUUGGAGAGGGAAAAGCGUUCUGAUAUGUGCCCCGACACUCGCCCUUUUUUCUUCCCCACCCGCUCGGAAAAUGCAUUAGAAAUGGUGUUCUGGCGACCUUAUGUCUUAUUCUAUGACUCUCUUCUCAUCAGAUGUGGUGUUCACCCUGGAACACAUUUUGUUCAGCUUUUUCGUCCUUAAGCGAGUGGCCAUUGGUUGGGAACACAGCAGGUUCAAAGAUUACGAAGCCCCUGAAGACCCUUAGGUAUGGGCUUUAAAUGCAUGAAAAUUAGCGGC